AGCUGAGCAGGGAAAGGCUGGUCCGAUGACGACGUGAAUGCGGUGCCUAACCCUUUUGUGCUCUUUUUGUUGUUUAAAAAGGUAUGUACUCCCAAUGCCAGUGAAUCUCUAUGAGUGUGUUGAUAUGUUUGCAUUGUAUUUCUCUGAAUGCAUUUGAUUAUUAUUAUGAAGUAGUGUCUUAUUACUACUAUUGGAGUUUUGUAAUGAAACAUUCAGCCUGUGAUGUUACACUAUGUAUGAUUAUGGGCCCUACAGAGCAUUUUAAUGCAGUUUUAUUGUAAUACAGUAGUUUUACACUGUACUGUAUUUUGUUUUACAACUUUGUGAGUCUGCGCUGAGCUGAGCAGGGAAAGGCUGGUCCGAUGACGGCGUGAAUGCGGUGCCUAACCCUUUUGUGCUCUUUUUGUUGUUAAAAAAGAAAAUAAAAGAAUACAGCUGAGGAACAGAACGGCAUCAGUGGUCCCUUCUUCCCCCUUUGGCACCGGAACACAACGCAGGGUAGCCGGGACAGUAGAGCGUUCCGGCUACAGUGGUGCCGUGACCCGGAUGGUUUCGCUUCAGAUCAUCGCCAGAGUGAUCGCCGGUGGUUGCUGCAGAAUACCCUGAAGACGCUGAUGUUGUUUCAAGUACUCGUAUGAAUGCAAACAUAAUGUGGUUUAUGAUUAUUUAAGUUCAAUUCAUUCUUCCCUUUUUGUUUUGAGUGUUUGAAUACAUAACACUGACUAAGAAGUACAACACUUAACAUUUUACACUUAAUACUGAUUAUUUACAUUGCUGAAGACUAUUUAACAUGGCUGAAGGAAAUGACAUGGAUGUGCCUUUUAACUGUGAUGAUGGUGGUAAUGCAGUAGUGGGUGUAGGCAGGGGUAAGCUAUUUGGGAACGUGGAACCGACUCCAGUUAGGGGUGUUCAUGAAAUAGGAAACCCUGUAUCAUCCUCUACAUACCUGGUUACUGACUCGCACACACCCACACCACACAGGCCUGGCCCUAGUCUGAGGAAUUUUCCUGGCAUAGGCAGGGGUGUUAGUGCAGUACGCCACCCUGUAUCGUCAUUCACACGCAUGCACACUGAUGAGCCCCCUAGUCCAGGUGUGGACACCACUGACAUAGGCCAUCUCAUUACACAGUUGGCCCAACAAAUAGGUGAGAACAUCGCAAGUCAAUUAAAUAAAUCCACUCAGAGUCAACAAAGCCAGCCCACUCCCAGUCUUAACACACCCAGUCUGAACAUGGGCCAGGGACAGUCUGACUUAAACAUGACUGGAGUCAAGUUAGUGAUGAAGACAGAUGUCCGGGAGCCACCAUACUUCAGAGGUGAUGGGACUGAUAAGCACACAGUGCAUGAGUGGGAAGAAAUCAUGGAUGUCUACCUGAAAAAGAGGGGUGUCCCACCACAAGAGUACUCCCAAGAAAUCCUGUCCAGGCUGAUGGGAAAGGCCAGAGACAUUGUUAAAGUUACACUGCGUAGCAUUCCAUCCUUAAAGCCUGCAGAGAAUCCUAAGCUUGUCUUUGAUGUACUCAAGCAGCAUUUCAGUGAAGUAACUUACUCCUCAAUGCCUCUAGCAGAUUUUUAUAACACACUCCCCCUGAAUGGUGAAAGCCCAAUGGACUACUGGAUCCGCUUGAACAAAGCUGUGGACGUCGCGGAUGAGUGUCUGAGGAGACAGGGGCGAAACAUUGAAGACCCCUCCCAUGAAGUCACAAUGAUGCUGGUGAAACACUGUCCUGACCCCGCCCUCGCCAGUGUCCUGAAGUGUAAGACAGCUGAGAAGUGGACAGCAAACGAGAUUCAGGAGCACCUUGUCGAACACCAGAGGGAGGCUCGCACAAAGUCCCAGAUCAGGUCAGUUCGACCAAAGCACAUUGUCACUCAUGUACAGACAUCCACGACCGAAGCAGUCGCUGUAGACAAUGCUUGUGAGCCUGCUCCUCUCCAAACUACAGUGGGGCAGCCAUCCCCAUCUCCGACCGAGAGUGUUUACAUUCAGUCUCUCAUUAGCCUGUUGGAUCGUGUGCUGGAGCAGAAGGCUCAGACAGCGGCAGUUGAAUCAACAUACAAGGGGCCAGUAAACAUUUUCCAGAGGAAAUGCAGAGUGUGUCAGUCCACUGAGCAUUCAACAACUGUUCACUGUAGGCAGGAGAAUCCCUGCAUGGGCUGUUACAAGCCAGACCACUGGAAGAAAGACUGCCCACAGCGCAAGCCGAGAUUCAGUGCCACACCACAGCAGGCCCAGGCACAGCCCCAAGACCAACAGCAUGGCACACAUUUAAACUAG